AUGGCUACAGGAAGUGUAUUUCUGAAUCCAGGUCCACUAAUUCUUUCCAGAAUUUCAAAAGGGACCAGUGUCAUACUACCGUGCAGAACAAAUAGUUUCAUUGAAAGUGGCGUCGAUUUGUACAUUAAUCAUAUAAAAAAGACCAGUAGAAGCGAAUUUGAUCCAAGGAUUGGCUUCACUGUAGACUCGUUGCUUCUUAAUGACCGCACUGAAACGCCGAUUCGUUGUGAAUAUCGAAGUUCCACAUCAGAAAUAAUAAUUGUGCCAGGUGAAACUAAUAACCAGACGGAAGCUUUGCCGGAGAUUGUAAAUUUAAACGCGUGGCCAUAUGUCGGAGAGGAACUGACAAUGAGUUGUAAAUUUCUCACAAAGGAUACGUACAAGUAUGUGCUUACGUGGAGAUGCCCAAAAUGUAAAGUCGACAAGAAAAAAGAUGGAGGUGGAGUUACGGAAGUACUCAAGCCUAGUUUGCCAUCGAUAACUGAUUGUGAAGGUGCCGGCAAAGAAUUCUGA